GGCGGAACCGGAAGGCGUUGGGGACGCCCCGGUCCCAAGCAUGGCGGCCGCCUGGGCCUCCGGGCUGGCUUCUCCGGAGACCGUGUCCUCCCAACUCUUGGGUAUCCUGUGGUUCGUGUCAUUCACCACAGGACCUUGGGGAGCUGCUGCCACCACCGCCGCCGGGGGCGACGAGACGCUUAAGUGCGAGGACCUCAAAGUGGGACAAUAUAUUUGUAAAGAUCCAAAAAUAAAUGAUGCUACACAGGAACCAGUUAACUGUACAAACUACACAGCUUAUGUUCCGUGUUUUCCAGCACCCAACAUAACUUGCAAGGAUUUUGGUGGCAAUGAAACACAUUUUACUGGAAAUGAAGUUGGUUUUCUUAAGCCUGUAUCUUGCCGAAACGUAAAUGGCUAUUCAUACAAAGUGGCAGUUGCACUGUCUCUUUUUCUUGGAUGGUUGGGAGCAGAUCGAUUUUACCUUGGAUAUCCUGCCUUGGGUUUGUUAAAGUUUUGCACUGUAGGAUUUUGUGGAAUUGGGAGCUUAAUUGAUUUCAUUCUUAUUUCAAUGCAGAUUGUUGGACCUUCAGAUGGAAGUAGUUACAUCAUAGAUUAUUAUGGAACCAGACUUACAAGACUAAGUAUUACUAAUGAGACAUUUAGAAAAACACAGUUAUUUCCAUAAACAUUUUUAAAAAGAAACAGAUUUGGGCCUCCUUGAUUUUAGUGAGAACUCUCAGUAUGUGGAUUUCCAGAUUUUCCUUUUUCCUUCUUUACAUACCACUUUAUGGAUUCUGUAUGAUUUUUUUUGUUGUUGUUGAUGUUUCUCUUUUGUUGUUUUAGUUAAAAGCAUAUUAUUCUGAGAUUUAUUUAGUAGGACUUUCUUUGAGAGCUGUAUGAUAAUAGUCUUUCUUAGGCUGCUGUCUCUAUGAGAUAGCUUAUUACCUUGAUAUUCUUUAGUGUCUUUUCCAAAGGCAAAUUGGCACUUGUCAUUUUUGCUUCUAAAAAAUAAGAAUUUGACUUAUUCACAUUUUUUAGUGCUUUAUUAAAACCUUUUUAAAUGUUGAAUGUAGCUGUCUUCUGCGUUUUGAUCUUUCAAAGCAGUUAAUCCAUGAUGUGAACAAAUGUCAUUUAUAUUGCCUGGGGCUGCAGUCUUAUGUGUGACAACCUACCUGACUUUCUGCAGCUUUCAGAUCUGUCUUUGCUUUGGUCCCCAGGGAGCUAAAGAUCGUCAGGGAGUCUGAGACCUUGAGGCAACAUGGAUACUUCUGGCAUUGGUUCAGGUCCCUGAAGUGUGAACUUUUACCUUUUUGUUUUGGAGUGGUGCGCUAGCUUUCGAAAGACCAGAUGCUGACUCAUUUAGCUCAAUACAGUUAUAUUUGAAGCUGGAUGGACAAGGUGGGAACACUGAGCAGAUGAUUAAUGUCUUCCAUCUGUUAGGCCUGCCCGCAGAUGCCAGCACAAGUGCCUUAAGUGAUGCACCAGAUCUGAAGGAAGUCGCACCUGCACAUGAACUCUGUUUUUCCUUAACAUGUUUAGAAGGGUUUUAAGAAGAUGGAACUACAUGAAAUAUAUGUCCCAUAAUACCAUCAUGCUCUUCCUUUAGUAAUAGGCAUCCCAAUUUCAAAAUUACUGGGGUCUGGGCUCCUUAAGAGUAAAGGACAUAAGUUUUUUUAUCGCUCAUUUUACUCAAAAAUAUAUAGUAUAGUACAGUUAGCUUCGUAAUAUGUUAGUUAUUCAGUAACAGCUUCUCUAGUUCAUGAGAGAUAAUAUUAAGUAUUGAUAUGUGAAGUGAAUUUGGAUUGAUUCUUACUGUUCACCAGGAAUGGCUUCUUUGAUUAGUUCAUUAAUUAAAAUAUUGAAUGUCUACCAUGUGGGAGGCACUGUUCUUGAUGCUAGGAUGCAACAGUGAAGAAAACACAGACAUCCCUGCUCUUAAAGAGUUUAUAUGUCCUUGGGAUUCACUUUUUUCACAGUGAUAGUAGUUUUGUCCACAGUUAAGCUAGCUAGUAGCUGCCCAUUUUCUAGAUUCCCUAGUUCCUUUUGAUUGCAGACAGUGUUUUGAAAUUUACUUCAGGAUCAUCUAAGCCCAGAUUUGAAAAUCUUUAAGUUUCCACAGCCACAUAAGUUCAAUUAUGUAAGAAGUACCUGCAAUCAAAUCUUAGAAAGUACUCUUGAUUCUUGAAUAAUUGUUAUAGGUAUUAACUUGGGAAGUGUGUUCAAAGCAGGUGCUUCUCAAAAUAUUUAUUCAAAUAAGCUGCACUCCAAAAGGGUUGUUGAUAAAAUCUAGAAGUAAAGUCCCUUCACAAUACAGUCUUAAACCUUUAGACUUUAUUUUCACUAUAAUAUCCUAAGUUUACAUGACAAAACACCAGUUUUUCCAGAUUGCUUUAUUCUGUUGCCUAAUAUAUAUUCUUUAACAAAUUAUUUUUCUGUCUUAUUUUAUUUUUAUGUGAAUGCAUUUAAUGAAUGUGAGUGCAUUUUUUUGUUUACUUUCAUGGAGCACUGUUUUAUUACAACUAUUAUUAUUAGUGUGUGUGUGUUUGUGUGUGUGUGUGUGUGUGAGCACAAAUUAUAUGUUAAGGCCUCUGUAUGGAGAUGCUUUACAUGAUAAUCCUGCUUAUAAAGGAGUGGCAAAAAUUGUGAGAUGGAUUAGCUCAGUCAUUCCUUGGGUUACUCCAAAACCCUCUAGGAUGGAAUGAAAUGGAUUCUUUCAGUUCUACAGAAAGUGUUUCUGUAGAAACAUUUACAAAUGGUACUACUUUAUUUAGCCCAAAAGGAUUAAUACAAUUUCCAGAAGUACCUCUUUACCCCAGAAGAUUUCUUACCUACCCUGUAUUAAACUAAAGGCCCUGUUUAAAACUUCUAAGAUUCUGUUAUGUGCACAGCCAGUAUUUGUUCAUGGAACCUCUAGGACUGUAAGAGAUAAUACUUUGGGGAUAUGUUUUGUUUCAUGAAAUUUCAGUGUCUUUAACCCUUAUUUUAACCCAUAUGCUUUUAAGGCUAAGCAAAGUAUUAUAAAACUGAUAAGGAACCAGGAAGUUAAAAACAGAUCUAAGAAAAAAACUAGAAAAAAGGAAAAUCAGUUUUUCGGAAGUAUAAUUAUAAGAUGUUGGUUCAUCUUUCUCACUCAGACAUCUUAAAUAUAGAUAUUCUCCAGAGUUCUGGCACCUUCCCUCUUCCUUUCUCUAACUCAGCAUCCAUUUUGCUUUUUUCCCUUUAAAAACUAAUACAAGCUAAAUGAAGAAAUUUUGGGAAAACAAAAAGUGCAAAGAAAAAAAAACUCUACAACUUACGGAUAACAAUGUUAAUACUUCUAUAUACCCUAUUAUUUUUACAUGCAUGUAUGUGUACAUUUUUCUUCUCAAGAAUACUAUAUUAUCCAUAUUUCUUCUUCACCUUGUAAAGAUUUUUUUCUAUUUCAGUGAAUAUUCUCUUACAAAAUUAUUUUUAAUGGCUGCAGAGUGUUCCAUGUCUGUAUCAUAAUUUGUUAUUUCUUAUUGUUUAGUAUUUAAGUUAUUCCAAUAAAUGGACGAUGCACA